GAGCCGGGGAGAGUUUCUGAGCGACAGGAGAGGGAGAAGGCAGAGGGACCCCAGAGCAGUGCUGUGCCUGAGCUGUCAUACACAGGGCUGGGGGGAGGGGCACUGUUUACAUCAUAUGUCUAAGCUGCCCCAAAGGUUACUAAGUAAGAGACUUACCGUUCUGAAGCUAUUUUAACCCCUUGUUGCCUGUGCAUGCAGAUAUAUUAGGGAGGGCGCGUUUAAUGGGCGGCCAUGCUCCAUGUCUAGAUAGUAAAGUCCUAGCAUUUAGUGUAGAGACCAAGCGGCACGAGAGCUGAGAAGAGGUCGCCCGCCAUGUCUGUGGAGGAUCCGUUUUCCGUGGUCCGGGGGGAGGUGCAGAAGGCCCUCAACACCAGCCGGGGUCUAUACCAGCGAUGGUGCGAACUCCUGCAGGAGAGUCACGUGACCAGUGCGGAAGAAUUCGAUUGGACAACCAACGAACUUCGGAAUUCCCUGAGAAGCAUCGAAUGGGACCUGGAGGACUUGGAGGAGACGAUCAGCAUCGUCGAAUCAAACCAGAAGAAGUUUAAGAUAUCGGAGGUCGAACUGACCGAGAGGCGAGACUUUGUGGAGAAGACGCGGAGUUCCUUAAAGGAAAUGAGGGAUCACAUCUCCAGUCCCAGAGCUCAGAACUUCACAGACCGAAAGAACAGAGAGGCGUUGGGCAUCUCUCACCCCCUGACCUCCGAUCGCUUCUCACGGUUGGACGAUGAGAUCAUCUCGGGAAACUCCCGCUACAUUGAAGAGCAACAAGCACAGCAACAGUUGAUUAUAAAUGACCAGGACGCGAAUCUGGAGUUGGUAUCGGGCAGUAUCCGGGUUCUGAAGAAUAUGUCUGGGAAGAUUGGCGAUGAAUUGGACGAGCAGGCUGUGAUGCUUGAUCAGUUUUCCUACGAGAUGGAUAAUACCCAUAGUCGCAUGGACACAGUCCUCAAGAGGAUGGCCAAAGUGUCGCAUAUGACCAGCGAUCGGCGUCAGUGGUGUGCCAUCGCCGCCCUGGUGGUUGUUCUCUUUAUUGUACUGAUACUGCUGCUCACAUUGCCAUAAUGAAAGGACCCCAGGACGAGAGUGAUCCGAGCAGGCCGGCGCUGUAUACAUGGAGACUGCAAGUUACAAAUGAGGACAGAAUGUGCCCCUCUGUCAGGUGCCAAGCGUUUGCCCCUCACUGCUGAUCUGUACUGUGCUUAAUACAGUUUUUUAAAUCAAUUUUUGACAAAUUGUUUUGUGUGUUUGGUUAUGUCAUAUAUUAAGUUAAAAACUCGACUUUGGGGCGACAGAUAAAGGUCUCUGACUGCUGUCCUGUAAUCAAGGAGCCGGAUCUAACUUCAGGAUCGGCCAUCACUAGCUAAUCCGCAGCGGUCGGACACCCCGGAUCAACCGCCGAUCAGCCCUCUGUUUGAUGGAAGUUAGACCCAGAACUACACAGCCUUGUAGAAAGACCCCUGCAUGGCUCGAAAAGUUGCAGGUUAGGCUACAUUCAGACGACCGGUGUGUUCUGCGGAUCUGCAAAAACGCGGAUACCGGCUGUGUGCGUUCC